AUGUACUUUAGAUACUGUAUAGUGUUAUUAUACAUAACAAAUAUAAAAGCAAGAAUGGUAUGGGAAGAAGUAAAAGAAUUUAAAGGAAUUGCUGUUGGAUCAUAUAAAGGUGUGGAUAGAAUGGUAUCUCCACAGAGCUCUUUGCAUCCUACAAACUUAUAUAUCAAUAGUAAACGUGGUGAAAUAUAUAACAUACGCACAUUUGGCCAUCAAAUAGGCACACAAUAUAAAAUGGAAGUUACAGCUAGUGAAUCUGGUGAUAAUGUCUAUAAAUGCAGUAAAACAACUGGUAAGAAUGACAUUCGUGAUUUAGACAAUAAGCAACUCUUCUUUCCAAAAAUAUAUUUGAAUUUUUAUAGGUGUUUAAUUGACAUGUUUCCUACAGUGGAUGGAAGAGCAACAAUUUAUUCAGAAGAAAAAUAUUCAUUUUUAGCUUUUCUUAAUAAUAUUCCAGAGAAAAAAGACAGGCUGAGACUGCUUGCUUCUUUGUUUUUACUUUCUAAUGGGAUAAAUAUUUCUUUAGAAAUAAAAACAAAUAAAGAUAAAUCGUGUGGUGCUUGUUCUUAA